GUGAAAGUUUUGCUUAAACCCCAACUUUCUAACACUAUAAAUACCAGUAAUUUUGUGUAGAGUUGUAAGCCAGCUCUAGUAAAGAAACUGAUCAUGGGUCUGUGCGAAAAUACCAUUGUGUUCAUUUUGAUUUGCUCACUCAUCUCAUCACUAAACCCCUUAUGCAAAUGCAAAGCAUCUGAUCAAGUUCUUUGCAUUUCUAGUGAGCGACAAGCCUUGCUUAAUUUCAAGCUACAUCUUCAUGAUCCUUCAAACAGGCUUGCCACUUGGUCUGAUGAUAACACAAAUUGCUGCAAUUGGACAUCAGUUUCUUGCAAUCAUGAAACAGGCACUCAAUUGCAAAGCUUCGAAGCAUCAAGUUUUGUGGGCAACAAUCUCUGUGGUCCUCCACUACCAAAGAAUUGCGAUGAUUUGCAGAAUAUUCCAAAUCGCCAUGAUGAGAAAGAAGGUAAGAGAAAUGGGGUCAAUUGGUUUUAUGUGAGCAUGUCUCUAGGAUUUGUUUUAGGAUUUUGGAUAGUUGUUGGUCCUUUGCUCUACAGUAGAUCCUGGAAGCACACUUACUUUCAGUUCAUAGACUGCAUGUGGUACAAACUUCCAUAUUGUUGGUGGUGAGAAGGGG